AUGUCCUAUGUGGAACGAGACAAGGUUUCUUUGCCUGAGAUCAAAGGGCGCCUUGGUGAUCAUGUGAUAGUUACAGAUGAAAUGCAGCUGCAUUGGUUGUUUCCUGGGAAAGAUUUGUCUUCAUGCCUUCAAUUAUUAAUAGACGACAAGGUAUGUUGUGUCAUGAGCGAUUGCAUAACAGAAGGAGUGGCUAACAUUUAUGUGGAAGUGCCCUUGCCUUAUGUGAGUGACAUGGCUGUUGCUGCUGAUGGGGUACACACACCUAAACAGAAGCGUAAGAAGACUUCUCAACCUGAAUACUCUGAACCCUACCAGACUGAGGACAGUGAUAGUGAUUAUCAGCCCAAUAGUGACAAUUCAUCUGCAGAUGAUGAGGAAGCCAAAGAGCUCAAAUUGUUUGCCAAGAUUUACAAGCAAAAGCUGAAGGGCAAGAAGGUAGAUAUGGGCAAUUCUACGAUGGUGGCUGCUUUGAUUGAAACUGCACAAGGGAACAUGGUUGAAGAUUUAGAAGAUGGGUAUGACACUCUGUACUUUGACUCUAGUGAGGAGUACUCUUAUGAUGAAGCAAGCGAUGAAAACAAUAAUUAUGUGGUUAGGAGGAAAAGCAAUUGGCUGAGACGUAGCCAAUGUGAAUGGUUUCAGGUUAUCACACUUGUUGAUGAGCAGAACUGCCCACGUAGGAGGGAUAACAAACUUGUGACUGCAAAUGUAAUUGAUGAAAGGUACGGGGAGUUGAUAAAGGCCAAUCCUACCUGGAAGCUUCAGAACAUCCAACAAACUGUUCUUAGGGAGAUGAAGGCUGAUGUGACUCUAUCCAAGUGCAAGAGAGCUAAAUCCAUUGUGCUGCAGAAAGUGCUAGAUAAAACUAAAGAUGAGUACACAAAGGUGUUUGAUUACCAAGCUGAAUUACUUAGAAGCAACCCUGGUAGCACAAUUGCAGUUGCUUUGAACCCUGAAGUCAUAGUCAAACAUGUGUUUCAAAGGUUUUAUGUGUGCUUUGAUGCUUGCAAAAUGGGGUUCCUAGCUGGUUGUAGAAGGGUGGUUGGGCUGGACGGAUGCUUCUUCAAGGGAGCAUGUAAUGGAGAGCUAUUGUGUGCUAUAGGUAGAGAUGUAAAUAAUCAAAUGUACCCUAUAGCCUGGGCAGUUGUGGAGAAGGAGGCAACACUUUCAUGGGAAUGGUUCAUUGGAUUGUUGAUUAAGGAUCUAGGCGUCAGUGCAGAUGGUGAAGGUUGGGUUUUCAUAUCAGAUCAGCAAAAGGGGUUGCUCGGUGCCAUCAGCAAAUAUCUUCGAAGAGUAGAACAUAGAAUGUGUGCCAGACAAAUCUAUGCCAAUUGGAAGAAAAAAUACAUAGACCAGAAACUUCAGAAGAGGUUCUAGAGAUGUGCAAAGGCCUCUUGUAGAAUCCUAUUCAACAAUUGCAAAGCAAAACUAGCUCAAAUAACUCCUGAUGGUGCUAAGGAUAUGAUGAACACUGAACCAAUCCACUGGAGUAGAGCCUGGUUCAAGUUGGGCUCGAACUGUGACUCAGUUGAUAACAACAUGUGUGAGUCUUUCAACAACUCCAUCAUUGAGGCCAGGUUCUUUCCAAUUAUUUCAAUGCUUGAGGCAAUUAGGUGUAAAAUCAUGGUAAGGAUCCAACAAAACAGGGAAAAAACUAACAAGUGGCAAAGGAAAAUAUGCCCUAACAUCUUCAAGAAGUUGAAGAUCAACAUUAACAGGUCAACUCUUUGUCAUGUUCUAUGGAAUGAAAAAGAUGGUUUUGAGGUCAAAGAUGAUGAUAAGAGGAGAUACACUGUGAACCUGUAUGAAAAGACAUCCCCAUGUAGAUAUUAGCAGCUCUGUAGGCUCCCUUGUUGUCAUACUAUUAGUGCUAUCUAUAUGUCCUCACAGAGCUUAGAUGACUUCAUUGACAAGUGCUACACCAUUCAGGAUUAUAAGAUAACAUAUGAGUUUUGUUUGUAGCCAGUUGAAGGAGAAAAGAAAUGGCCUGAAUCUGGGCACCCAAAACCUGCACCACCAGGAUAUGUUACAAUGUCGGGGAGGCCCAGAAAAGAGAGGAGGAGGGAGGCUAGGGAGAAACCUAAAGCUACAAAAAUGACAAAAGUUGGUACAAUUAUUACGUGUAAAAUUUGCAACAAACCUGGCCACAAUAGCAGAGGUUGUGACUCAAACCCAGAGGGGGGCAAGAAAAAGAAUGCUCAUAUAAGAAGGGAGAAGGACAAAUUGAGAAAGCAAGCAUCGUAAUUCUCUACCACACGAUCCUCCUCUUCUAUGGCCUCAAAGACACUUGCUCUCAGCUCAGCCUAGUCAUGCAGUGAGACACACCAUGAGGAAAUUAAGGAAAGUAUGUAGACUUGAUUGAGCAUAACCUGGCUUCAACAGAUAAGGAAGCUCGUCGACGAGUGAGGCGGUAACAUGGGCGUUCAGAUUAGAGAACAAGCACCAGCGCCGCGCCGCCGUUGUGCACGGGUCAG